AUGCCUCACAAUGACGCCACGUAUCAUGACGAGGGAGAAGAGCACACACAGGUUAGCAGGAAGGUGGCGAAACACACGCUGAGGAGAAAAUGGAGUGACAGUUAUAUUGGAUCUAUGAGGGAUAUCUAUUCGAAGGAUGGACAGGCAAAAAAGGAAAGUUCGGUGGAAGAGCAACAUCAUAGGGGAGGCCAAAUGAGCAGCCACACACCUCCGAACAACAACAUAAUUGAUGCGAAACAAAGCAGCGGAAGGUGCCCGUUUCGCAACUCCUACGUGCACGUACUAUAUUUUAAAAAAUUAAAAUUAAAUAAAAAAUUGUUCGAAAAAAUGGAAAACAAAAACAUUGUCAUAUAUUUAAAGUAUAAAGAAACGACAUGCACAAGUAAAGACAUCCAAGUCACCAACUCGGAAAUAGCUAAUCUAUAUUUAAGCUUCCUCAUUACCGAACCGCUAGCAAAAGAUGAAAAACAAAUCAUCAAAAUAUACAUAAAAUAUUUUAAAGACAAUAAAUAUAAAAUUCUUUCAUUUGGAUUUGUUGAAUUAAAUUUUGAGGAAUUCACGGAAAAGUUUUAUAAAAAAAAAAGCUACAUGUUAUGUUACGACAAAAAUAACAAUAAAUAUAUUUUUGGCUACUUCGUCUUGUUGUUAGCCAAUCAAAUAAAGUGGACCAUAUGCAACAGGAAAAUUUCUCAUGAAUUCAUUGACAAGUCUUACUUCGUUUGGGACAGAAAUAACUACGAUCAUCAGAUUUUUUACAUUUGUAAAAAAAUUCAAAGUUUUUUAUUGCAAUCUGUUUGCUCCCGGGGGGAUACUCAGGGGCAUGCCUUUCAAAACCGCGCCCUGCUCAAGCAUUUUGGCGUCACACAUAGUUGCCCCGGGACGUUCAGGUGGAGGAAGCCACAUGAGAAGACACCCGCUGGGGGAAGCACAUCUAGCAGUGCGGGUGACGAAGAAGGGGGGAACUGUGUAGGAAGUGAACCCCAUGGGAAGACCGCCUUAUGCGAGUCUUUAACGCGCCUGGAGGAUAUGUGCCCAAGUGAACGGAGCGAUCAAGCUGAAACAAGCGCCCUAAACAACCAAGACGAUAUCAUCAAAAAGAGACCCUCAAAAAAAGGUCCAGAAGAAACGGGUGCAAAUGGCGAUCAGGUGGAAGAGACAUACGAGUCGAACGACCUCAACGAGUCCAACCCUUUGCCCCCCUCGGAAGAUAUUCAGAUCGAAAAUUGUGCCACGGAUGAAGCGGAAACAUGCGUCCCAUAUGCGGCGCAGUACGAUGCCACCCACUUCCUGGAAAACAUAACCGCAGGCCCUUUCUCUUCAACGGAGGACCUGGAUCAAACAAUGCAAAAGGAGAAUCCUCCAAGUUACGCUCAAAAGAAUCAUGUGGAGGGAACAAACACAUAUGAGGAAAACAGCAAUGUAGAAGUGCAUAGCGAUGCGUAUAAACACUCCGAUGUGGGAAACCCUUACGAUGAAACGCAGAAGGUAGGAGAGGACGAGCCGAUGGAAGAAAACCAUUUUGAUUUAAUGUUGUGCAAAAAGGUGGAAAAUAUUCUAAACAACGAUGUAGACCAUUUUGUAGAGGAAGUCCAAUUUAUUCUCACACACUUAAAAAAAAGGAUCAUAAAAACAAAUGUAUUUUUUGAAGGGCAGUUAAAAAAUGGGUACCCUGACGUUGAACUGGUAGCGAAUGACCACGUCGCAGAAGAGGGGGACAUGAAGGGCGAAAAGAAUCAGCAUAUAAGAAAAAAAAAAAUUCCCAUUGCUCAUCUCACAAAUGGUGAAAAACAAAGUGAACAGAAUUGUAACAUGAAAAAGGACAUACUUACCAUUUUGCAAAAUUGCGUAAACACCACUUCGCUUUAUAUUAAAUCCGUUUUAAAGGACAAAAGUGUAAGCAAACAGGAGAAGGACAUUUUUGUCGUGUACGAUGAUAUCGUAGAUAAUAUAAAAAAGGCAAUAUCCCAGUUUUUACAAGAGGGCACAACAUCACAUGAGGAGAAUUUAAAUAUUUCACAAAUGAAAUCAACAAAUUUGGGAAAAAAAAAAAAAGAAAAAAAAUUUACAAAGAAGAAAAGCCAAUCUGAAUCGCCCAAAAUGUGUACCCUCAAUAGGGAGAACAAUGUAUCCUCCGAAAUGAGCAUUAGCGAAGGUUCGCACAACCAACUCAAGAGCUACAUCGGCAGACACGUGUCGACGGCCUUCCGAUACUACCAGGAUAAGUGGAAGCGCAAGUUGUCUGGAGUUCGCAGCUACGUCUGA